AUGGAGUUAAAUGUAAGAAUAUCUAAAAACUUAACAAUUGAUAAAGAACAUCUGGCCAUCAUUGAAAAGGAAAAAAAUCACUGGAGAAAUGUUCUUACUCGUGUAAUUAGUAUUAUUCAGUAUUUAUCCAAAAACAAUGAUGCGUUCAGAGGGCCAUCGGAUGUCUUAUUUACUAAAAGUCUUCGAGACGCAGCUAAAAAUUCAUCUAGGGCAUCAACAUUUUUUGGGACAGUACAGCGAAUAUAUACUAUUUUUUCUGCAUCAACUAGUCGCUGGGACAUUUUCAAAAAAUUUUGUAGUAUUUUUACAGUAAAACAAUGGUCGGAAACACGUUGGGAAAGCCGAGUGAAUAGUGUUAAAGCUCUACGAUUCCAAUUACCAAAUAUAAUAGAAGCUCUAGAAGAAGUAUCAGAAACAUCUAAUGACUCAAUUGCCAAAAGUGAUGCUAGAUCCUUAAUUACUGAAAUAUUUCAAGUCAACAUAGUCAGUAAGAGUUUACAAGGGAAAGAUGCAACAAUUAAUAUUUUAAAUGACAUGUUACAAAGGUUAUUAGCUUUUUUGAAAUCUUACAGAGAAACAGGAUUUAUGAGUGCUAAAAUUAUUGCUAAUAGUUUGGCGGAAGAAAUUGAAGUUGAGCCAGCAUUUAAGAAAACCAGACUAAGAAAUAAAAAGAAAAAUUUUGAUUAUGAAGGAAACGAUGAAAGAAUCAAUGACGGAGAAGACAAUUUUAGACGAGAAUAUUUCUUACUAGUUAUCGAUCAAGCAACUAGUUCAGUUGAAAAACGUUUUAAACAAAUUGAAUCAUAUAAAGAUUAUUUUGGGUUUUUAUUUCGUAUUGGAAAAUUACGAUAUGUAAAUGAUGACAAUUCGAAAGAUAUUGAUUUCAUGGAAUUGUAUAAUGAAUUGGUCAAUUUCAGAUUGAUAGUUAAUGAAGAAACGACACCUCUUGAAGCUUUGUCAGUGGUAAAAUAUUCUUCAGAAUGUUUUCCAAAUAUUGGUAUUGCCCUUAGAAUUUUACUGACCAUACUAGUAACUUCGGCAUGUGCCGAGAGAAUCUUUUCGAAAUUGAAAUUAAUAAAAACAUAUUUGAGAAACAAGUUAAGUCAAGAAAACCUUUCUGGUCUUUCAAUAAUUUCAAUAAAAAAAUAUAUUGCUGAAUCUUUAAAUUAUGAUGAUACCAUAAAUCAGUUUGCUGCUAAAAAAUCAAGGAAAGGCCCCGCAAAUCCUAGCGCCGUCCCUGCAUGGCAUAUAGAUGUAAAUGUUAGCAAGUAG